UUGUUACGAAUUUAUCCAUCAUCUCUUCCAUUCCCCAGCCAGAAAUAUAUGGCAACCAUCGCUGGCUUCAUCGUCUGCUCCUUUCUUUCAGGUACAAAUUUAGUUCCUUCUAUACUUAAUUGUCCCGUGAAUCAACAGUAUUUUUAUUCGGCGUCAGCAUUUUUAAUGAAUUUAUGUGGAAGAGAAGAACUGCCUCUGUAGAGCCCUACCUUUGCUGAGACUCUAGAAAUGAACACGAAUAAGGCUUUAUUUGUUAAUUUAUCUACGAGGAAUGAGUAACGAAUUGGGCAGCCGUUCUUCUAUGCUCUCUCUCUGUUUGUGGGGUUAGGGUUGAGUGCUUGGUUACUAACUAUAUCUAUUGGCUGCAAGCAUGUUACUCUCGGUUGCAGCAAUGCCAAUGCAGAUGCUCCUUUGCUCCAUGUCCAAUAUUUUUCUCGAGCUAACUCUGGACUCUCAAGGUCUCUUUGAUCCUUCAAGACAAACUUGUCAUGUCCAGAUCAAAGGCUUUACCUAGGUCGCUGAUUCACUGUGGCUCCUCAAGGAUGGGCAAGAGACUUCCACUGAAGCCAAUAUCUGCUGUUGGUUCAGGUUUAGAGGCGACAAUAACAGAUCCAGACAAGAAUCAGAUUAGCAUUAAAAAUGUUGAGAUAGUAGUGGAGUCUAAGGAUGAUGAUAAGAUGCAAGUAAGGGUCGAUUUGCCUGGGAAAGAAACACUGAUAGUGUCUGAGAAAAUUCUCAGAAACUUAGCUCGUACAGCUCCGCCGGUUCCUGGAUUCCGCAGAGAAAAAGGAGGGAAGACAUCCAAAGUCCCAAAGGACUUCCUUAUGCAAAUCAUUGGUGAAGAUCGAGUUACAAAGUUCACUAUCCAAGAGAUUGUGAGCACAACAUUGGCUGAUUAUGUGAAGAAGGAAAAUCUCUCUGUUAAGGAGAACAAGAUCAACACAAUACAAACUGCUGAAGAGCUCAAAUCUCUGUUUACCCCUGGGAAUGAUUUUGGGUUUAAUGCUACUCUCGAACUCGAGAAAGCCACAGAAGUUGAGGUGAGUGUUGAAGAGUAGUCUGAUUUGCAAAUAUGUACCCUUAACAACCAUUGGUAGGCUUGUAGUAGGGACAACUGUAUGUAUAAUGUUCAUACAGCAACAUUUGGGAGGGGAGGACAGAUGAUCUUUGAUUAUUUUUUUAUUCUUUCCUGAUGUAUGUAACAUGAAUGCCAAUAACUCAUGACAGCUCCAGUUUUGCCACUUUAUAAAUUAAUAUUUUUUUAUAAAA